UUCCUCGCGUAUCGGUUCGGACUGUGGAAUAUUCUUACAGCCGAUUACCCGCAAUCGGCUUUCUAUCAAAAUGUUUUCAUAAAUUUUGCAACCGUACCAAGAAGACGGAAUAAUAAUAAAUCGUGUCAAUUUUACCAACAUUUUGCACAUUUGGGAAAUAAUCUCGGAUUUACGGAGCUGCCGUAAAUUCGGGAAGCUAUCCGAACUCCAAUGUUCGCCAACGAAAUACGGAACCUUCACGGAUAUUACAUGUAUUCCGUAAUGGCUCAAAGUAACCUAAUGAAGAGCUUAGCGACCCUGCGGAAUACAAUUUCUCAUAGGUUUGCCCAAUCUUCAGUGAUAGCCACAACGGCCUUACCUCACGAUGCCGCGACAGAGAUCGUCGAAAUGGAUCGGUUCAAGGAGAGUCGCAACUUGCCAAUUCGAAACGUAGAGGUUAUUUUCAUCGAUGGAUAUAUCCGUCUCGCGAAAGGACAAGAGAGCUUGAGUUCGAGUUGGUUAAAAAUGGUCGAACUCGCCAAGGACUGUCAGAGCUGCAACGUUCUAUUGGGCCUGGCGGAAAAAGGUGUGAUCAUAAGAACAAUCCGGUAUAUUGCACCCGGCGAAGAACUGCUUUUAUGGUUUUCUGAUAAAGUUCUGGCAAUGUUAAACAUACCGUUCCUCGUUCCAGCCAAUAUUCAGCGUCAAACCACCUACAUGUGUCUGCAAUGCAGCACCUUAUUCGAAUAUCCAAACCCGCUGAAGCUGCACAUGGCGCUUCACUGCGAUAAGUUCGAACUCUCCUAUCUCUGGACUCUUUUGGCCGACGAGUUUGAAAAGGCUGAGCCGGAAAGUUUAUCCACGGACGCAGUGUUGCCAGCGACGACAUUGUUUGAAUUCAAACUGACCGGCCCGCCGACGACAUCACCCCAGCAGAUUUCACCAAUCCUAGGUGACACUUUACGAAUCGAUUCGACAAAUGACUCCCCAAGUUCUUCGAUCGGGAUUUUACCGGUCGUCGAAAACUUGAGCUCGGGAAAUUCCGCGUUCAAGCCCUAUUUGCAACCCGCGUUGCAGAAUAACCUCGCGGUGUCAAUUUACCCACCGGAAGUAAGGAGCUGCGGAUCCACGGUGGUCCAGCCUGCGUAUCAAGUGCCGCAGAUUCAAUUGGCGCCGGAACUACACGCGGCGCAGAUGGAGACGAUCGCGAGUAAUCUUGGCAAAUCGAAGCAGGGACACCUUUGCAUAUACUGCGGCAAGGUUUACUCACGAAAAUACGGACUUAAGAUACACAUCAGAACCCACACUGGAUAUAAGCCUCUGAAGUGUAAGCACUGUCUGCGAGCUUUCGGAGAUCCGAGUAAUCUCAAUAAACACGUUCGGCUGCACGCAGAGGGUGCCACGCCUUACAAGUGCGAACUCUGCGGCAAGAUCUUGGUAAGACGGAGAGACCUCGAACGUCACAUAAAAUCAAGACACCAGGAAGGAGCGGAGAACUUGGCAGUGACAGAUGCAUCAUCCGACGCCAUGGACGUCGAAUGAUGCAUUUUGACCCAAACUUGUCUUACCCUCUUUAAUGGUAAGAUUUAAUCAAUUUGUACGGAGGAUUGAGUUGUAUGACAAAGAGAUUGCUAGUAUCAACAAAUCUUUACAUUUUUGAACCUCCAGAAUCCGACAAACAGGUUUUUAGAAAAUGUCAGUCUGUCAGUCUGUCCGAUAAACUCCCGCGAUGUUCUCAGAAACGCCUCAAUGAAAAAAUAUUUGAAACUUCAGGAUUUUACAAUCAAUUAAUAAUGGGCAUGAGAACUUGCCUCGACCCGUUUAAUUUUGACUUUCGGUUCUACCGAAAAUGAAACGUUUCUCAAUAUCUAACCGACAAACCUAUACUUGUUCCUAGUGACUUUUUCUAAACGGACAAUCAUGUUUUCAAGUGAAUUUGUUUGUUUUUAAAAAAUUUUAUUUAUUCGAA